AAAAAGGAAAAGUUGAUGAGUAGAAUUAAUAGAAGUGAGUAUUAACAGACAUAGACUAUAUAUAAAAGGGAAGAAAGAUGCAAGUGAAUGUAGCAAUCAAAAGUUAGAAAACCUGGGAAAAAGGAGAGAAGAAGAGUAGAGUCCUCUUCCUCCAACAUAUCUAUAAAGAGAGAGGCGGCGGUUUGGGGAAGAAUCCAAUUUCUUCAAUUCCUUGUCAUCGUUAAUACCGGAUGCCAAACUCUGUUAUUUCCUUUUAUUGGUAUCCAAAUCAAUCAAUUCCAUUUUAAGCCCUUUGUUUGCUUUUAUAUGCCGACCAAGAAACAGUUUCAGCAUCUUUGAGCAGUUUUUGUACUGUAUAGAUCGGUAUGCGUGGUACUGGAAAGAAAUUAACGGAUCACGGAUCUGCCAAAUCCUCUUCUUCUAAGAGAGAAGCUGGGUCUAAGCUAAUUGCAACGCUAAAAAAAUUUAAAAACCGAUGCAAAAUUUCCCAUGGCAGAGUACGUAAGCCCAAACAUCAUGUUAAGAAAGUUAGUUCGACCUUGUUGAAGAGGAAAGUUACUGCUUCUGUUACCAAGGGGACGGGAAAUGAUGUCUCUUCCGCCAGAAAAGUCGGUUGUAAGACAAACCUGCACAAAGCAAACAAGAAAGGGUCUUCUAAGAAGCUGGGUUUGUCGAAGCUUCAAGGUAAAAAUGCUAUAUGUGCUAGUUUGGAGGAGAAUGGCAAAAAGGAUAAUGCAGAUGUUAGAAUUAAAAAACUAACCAAGAAGACUAAGAAGGGGCAAAAGGAUAAGGUGGAGUUAGAUGAAGCAUCUCGAUUGCAGAGGAGAACUAGGUACCUUCUGAUUAAGAUGAAGCUGGAACAGAAUCUUAUUGAUGCUUACUCUGGGGAAGGCUGGAAGGGUCAAAGUCGAGAAAAGAUUAAGCCAGAAAAGGAACUGCAGAGAGCCAAGAAACAAAUCUUGAAGUGCAAACUUGGGAUACGCGAGGCAAUUCGCCAGUUGGAUUCACUUAGUUCAGUAGGGAGCAUUGAAGGCUCUGUUAUUGCUCCAGAUGGCUCUGUUUACCAUGAACAUAUAUUUUGUGCAAAGUGCAAGUUACGUGAGGCUUUUCCAGAUAAUGAUAUAGUACUUUGUGAUGGAACAUGCAACCGGGCCUUCCACCAAAAGUGCCUGGAUCCUCCACUGGACACUGAACAUAUACCCCCGGGAGAUCAGGGCUGGUUUUGCAAAUUUUGUGAAUGUAAGAUGGAAAUUAUAGAAGCAAUGAAUGCACAUAUUGGCACCCAUUUCUCUGUUGACAGCCAUUGGCAGGAUAUUUUCAAAGAUGAAGCUGCUUUCCCUGAUGAUGCGAAUGCAUCACUAAAUCCAGGGGAUGAAUGGCCUUCAGACGAUUCUGAAGAUGAUGAUUAUGAUCCGGAGAGGAGGGAGAACAGCUGCAGGAUCAGUGGAACAGCCACUGAUGGUGAUGAAUCGGAUGAAACAGACAAUUCAACCAGUUUAAGUUGGUCUGUGGAUAGUGAAGAUCUUUCUGGAUUCGGAAGGCAUGAAAACCAUCCAUUUGACAGUGGCGGAGAUUCUUAUGAAACCAGUGAUGGGGAAAUUCUUAGUGGCCGUAGGAGGCGAAGAGCAGUUGAUUACAGGAAGCUAUAUGAUGAAAUGUUUGGAAAGGAUGCCCCUCCAUAUGAGCAAGUCAGUGAAGAUGAAGAUUGGGGUCCUGGUAAAAGAAAGCAUAGAGAAAAAGAGUCAGAUGCUGCCAGCACACUUAUGACUUUGUAUGAAAGUGAGACAAAAUUUCUUAACAUUGAAACCACAGAAGUGAAAAGACAGCUACCUUCAGACCUGAAGAGCAGGCGACCAUUUUUCAGAAUUCCUCCCACUGCAGUAGAGAAACUCCGAGAGGUAUUUGCUGAGAAUGAACUUCCAUCUAGAGUCGUCAGGGAGAACCUUUCAAAGGAAUUAGGCCUUGAGCCUGAAAAGGUAAAUAAAUGGUUCAAGAAUGCCCGCUACUUGGCACUAAAAAGCAGAAAGGUAGAGAGAGCAGAUCAUCUUCAGAGCUCUUCUCCUAGAGUCUCCAAGGAGCCUGAAGUGGAAGCUCCAAAGAGGAAGGAUACUGAAAUCAUGGCAUUGGAAGAUAUGUCAGAAGCAACUUUGGUACGGACACCAAAGAGAUUGAAAGCAAAAUUGAGAAAGAGUCCAAACUCAAAGUCAGUAUGCACCACUGUAGAUAGAAGUCCACAUAAUGGACUCUCAAUUGUUUCACAUACAAACAGCGACAAGGUGAGUAAGGAGUUGAGUGACGAUGUUAUAUUGAAGAAGCUUUUAAAUGUGAAAAAGAAGGGGGGGAAGGAGAAGAGGGUGAAGAUUAUUGGAGGGGGUGGUGGGUUAGAAGCAUUUGAGUUGGAGAUGGAAAGACUUUGUAGGGCUAAGGUUAGGCUUGAGAACAUGAAGCAAACAUUAUUAGGACUAGAAAGUAGGAAAGCAAGGAAGUUGAAUAAAAGGCGGCGGCGGGUACAUGAAGAAUCGGUUAUUUAUAUUCCGAUUGCCGAGCUAAAGGAGAAGGUGGUUUGAGUGUAUGCAAAAAUUAACUCCGGGUACUGUUGCAGGAUUUUGUUUCCUAAUGACAAUUGGUAUAUGAUAUAAUAUAGUUGUUAUUUGCCAAA